AUGUCAGCCUUACUCGUCGACCCACAAUCAGACUCACUUAUAGGAGAGGCUACUAUGAAGUUUUUUGGCAAGUUUAUACCAGUCCGUAGAGUAGCUCAGUCUUUGAGACUACCGGACGGGACCCAUCCUCAAGCAACAGAGACGUAUGCUCAGUCUUCAGGUGUAUGGACGCGUGGCCGGAAAAUAUUUGGUAUCAGAUUAGUUACCUCAAACAACUCCAAUACCCCGCUUGAGCAAGGCAAGCCGUACUUUAUUGAGGGUCAAAUCACAGGCUCGACAUUUUUGAAAGUCCCGAAGUUUACAUGGGUAGCAGGCGAUGAAAGAGUAUCAAACAUAGGGCUACACUAUUCUGAAUGGGAGCGCGUCGCCGAGGCAACUGUCUCUUUUGCCAGCAUCUUAGUAACUGAUUCAGAAUCGUCUUCAAGCGAAUUGAACAACGACUUUUAA